AUGUAUCGCCAGAUCCUCGUUAGACCCGAAGACAGAGAUUACUUGCGGAUCUUGUGGAGAUUUUCAUCUACCUCUCCCAUUGACGAAUACCGUCUGUGUACUGUGACGUACGGAACAUCAGCAGCACCCUUCCAAGCACUCCGUACCGUCCGUGAAUUGGCCAGUGUCGAUGGCGCAAGUUGGCCGAUAGCUGCUUCGGUCUUGUUGAACGAUACCUUUGUCGAUGACAUUCUUACAGGAGCAAACACAACAGAAGCUGCUCUUGAAUGUCAAUCUCAACUAAUCAAUCUGUGUGCGAUGGCACGAUUACAAUUGCGAAAAUGGGCCAGUAAUAAUACUCAGCUUUUAGAGACUGUUGCUGACGAUGCCCGUGCCAUGUCUCCAUCUGUUCUCUUUGAUAGUAGUGAACACUCAAACCUAAAGGUCCUUGGUUUAAAGUGGGAUCCAUUAGCUGAUACUUUCUCGUUUAAAGUGCACCCGUCGAAAGUUCACCCAACUAAGCGUACAGUGCUCUCAGAUAUUGCUAGGGUUUUUGAUCCUUUAGGUUUAAUGUCUCCUAUCACCUUCUGGACAAAAUACCUAAUGCAACGCCUAUGGACGUCAGGCGUGUCGUGGGACGAUCCGAUACCCGCUGACAUAGAGACAUCCUGGUCAAGGUAUCAGUCUGAGUUACACUUGAUUGAACAUAUCCCUAUCCCAGGACGUCUCACCUGGGAUAACAUGGUUUCGAUGCAGCUCCACGCGUUUUCCGAUAGUUCCGAAAAGGGGUAUGCUGCAGCCAUUUAUCUUCGAGUUGAAACUACAACAGAAAUCCACUGCCAGCUUAUAACCGGCAAGUCAAAGGUGGCGCCUCUCAAGAAAACCACGAUUCCACGGCAUGAAUUGUGCGGAGCUGUACUUGCUGCAAAGGUGCUGAAGUCGGUAUCAACUACCUACAACGAGCGCAUGAAGAUUGAUGAAACCUAUGCGUGGACUGAUUCUACAACUGCCUUAGCUUGGAUCCAAUCAUCACCGCAUCGUUGGGCCACCUUCGUAGCCAAUCGUGCUAGCCAAAUCCAAGAGCUCACAGCCCCAUCAAUUUGGCAUUAUGUCCCCACUCAAGAAAAUCCAGUUGAUUGCGCGUCUCGCGGGUUAUUCCCCUCAGAACUGGUAAACCAUCCCCUGUGGUGGACCGGUCCGGCUUUCUUGAAGGAAUCGUCUGACAAAUGGCCAACGUUAACUGUCCCACAAUUGAACGACCACAAUCCUCUGACUCAUUCUGAGGCGAAGAAAGCUACUGUACUUCUCGUUAAUGCUGAAGUAUCCCUUGUAAAAUUUGUCCGUUUUCGGCCGUCAACUGCGACAACCGCAAUUGUAAGCGCGGAAGAAUUUGUACGCGCUCUUCAUGGGCUCAUCCGUGGCGUCCAACAAGAGAUAUUUCUCGAUGACUUAAAACGUCUAAAAAGGGGCGAUCGUUGUUCAAAAACCCUCCGUCCCUUAGAUCCAUUUAUUGAUGAGAAUGGGUUACUCAGAGUGGGCGGUAGACUUCAUAAUGCUGAAAUACCAUAUGACCAUAAGCACCCAAUUUUGUUGCCAUCCAGACACCGAUUGACAGAUCUGCUUAUUGAUCAUCAUCAUAUUCGAUUGAAGCAUCCUGGCGCUAAUUCCCUACAAGCCAUUCUGCAAAGAGAAUUUUGGAUAUUGUCAUCCAGGAAGGCAAUUCGUUCUCAGCUACGACAAUGUAUUUCCUGCUUUCGCACACGACCACGAAGUGUGCAACCGAAAAUGGCAAGUCUUCCAAAUUAUCGUGUCCAACAGAUCAAACCGUUUGCCAGUACUGGAGUCGAUUACGCCGGUCCCAUUACAUUAAAGGGAGGCCAUCGAUGUGCUCCGACAUUGGCUUACAUAUGCUUAUUUGUAUGCACUACAACCAAGGCUUACCAUUUAGAAUUAAGUUCCACAUUGUCAACCGAAACAUUCUUGUUAGCCUUUGCUCGCUUCUCAUCUCGCCGUGGUCCCAUAAAGGAUAUGCAUAGUGACAACGGAACCAACUUUGUCGGGGCUUCCAAACUACUAACUCCAUUAAAGACCUUCAUUCAUUCAUCAACUUACCAAGACCGUGUAUCCAGCUACUUAGGUGCCAAACAGAUUCGUUGGCAUUUUAACCCACCAUCAUCUCCACAUUUUGGUGGAUUGUGGGAGGCUGGUGUCAAAUCUACCAAAUCGUUGAUUCUUAAAUCAAUAGGAACACAACGAUUGACCGGAGAGGAACUAACUACAUUGCUUACUCAAAUCGAAGCAACGCUGAAUUCACGCCCUUUGUGUCCAUUAAGUAACGACCCUACUGAUUUGGAGGCACUUACGCCGAGUCAUUUCCUAACUCUUGAGCCGUCAACUUCACUUCCUGACCCAAACUUGGACUCCAUCCCAUUAUCAAAACUACAGAGAUGGCGUCUGGUCACUGAUCUUCAUCGUCACUUUUGGACACGUUGGAAAAACGAGUACCUUUCCAGUCUCCAAGCACGUUCAAAAUGGUUCGGCAAAGGUGAACAACUGCGUAUUGGUGAUCUGGUUCUCAUUAAAGAAUCCACACAUCCACUUCAUUGGCAACUUGGAAGGAUACGCACGGUGCAUCCAGGAACUGAUGGGCAGAUACGCGUUGCUGAAGUAACUACACCCUUUGGCAUUUUGAAGCGUCCAGCCGUAAAGCUAUGUCUAUUGCCUACUCCUUGAAGGGACUCCUUCAAAGUGGGCGGUGAUGUUCGCGCAAUAAGCAAUUAGCUUAUCGCGGGAGACGACUCUGCGCGACGGC